UGGUUGGCUGGUGGUAUUGCCGCUCGUGGCCUUGUUAUUUUUCGAACAUAAAUAGAAUCUGCAAGCUAUUUUAUUUUCAGAUUCAAAAGGUGGUCAGAGAAGUAAGAAAAGAAAGGGUGCUGUCUGACCUGGAAAAUGCCGCACUCCAAAAAAUAAUAUAUUUUCAUUUUGACAGGACCAAGAGCAACUAUAGCAUGUUCCCUGGAGUUAUUUAUUUUGCUUUAAAUAAACGAUUGGUUUAUUUAAAGAAGUACUUUGACCAAUGCAAAUGAUAGCUUAAUGUAUGUUAUUUUCUUGUAAAUCAAGAUUCCGGUUUGGUUUUUGCUUCUGCUAUUUUUUUUAAGAAUAGCCUUGAUUUUAAUUUGACUCUUAUUUAUAAGUUGAUUGAGAACUAGUUAAACUAUUGAAAACCGGAAACAAGCGUCGUAUAUUAUUAAUUAGUAAUUAACUGGAUUGCGUUUGAUACCAAAAUGGAAUUCGAUGAAGUACUCGCUGACUUUAGCCCCAGCAGAAAGAUGGACUGUGUCUCCGUGAAGUCCACGUUAUUGCUACCCGGGAUCGGAUCCAGGAACUCGGCCUCUGUCAAAACUCUAUUUGCUCAGGAGCCUGCAGCUGUGCUCUCCCCCGUCACCAAUCUGGCACUCAACAUGAACAACCUAGCUGUCCUCGGAAGCCAGUGUGAUACCCCGAAGCGACGUACCAACGUCCCGCUGCUCAAGAUGCCAUCCUUUGCCUCCGACACUUCCGAUGCAGGCCUAUGUUUGGAUUCUCCAAGCCCCAUAGACCCCAUUGAUUAUGAGGAGACGUUUGAGAGAGCCAUCUUGGAGUCUGGCAAAGUGAUCAAGGACAGCAAGGUUCCAAUCAGAAGAAUAAACUCCCUCCCGCUGACGUUGUUGGGCUCCAGCCCUGCUCUCAAAGGCAAAGAUUCUGACUCCCCAGAUUUCAGAGUCUUUGGGGUUCAAAGCAAUGAAGUCUCCAGUGGCAACAAGGAGAAUAUGCAGGAGGGGUUUGAGUUCAAGAAACCAACUCGGCCAGUGUCUCGCUGCCGUUUGCGCACCUUCCACGGAGGGGAGGGCAAGGAGGCAUUUGCUCAGCGGCCCAGUUCUGCCCCUGCUCUCAUGUUCUCGCCUCCCCCUGUGGAACACAAGUAUCCCGUGGAUGAUAACAGUCCUGUGCUCCUCAGACGAUCCUCGUUAACCUGCUCCUUUAAUGACGAGGAUGACGAUGGAUUCCUAGACAUUAUGGAUGACGAUGUAGAGAAUGAUGCAGAUGUGCCCACUGGAAUGGCCAACCUGUUGACUGCUCCACUGGUUCGCAAGAAGGAGGAGAACCCUGACUGUACGCUGCUCAUCCGCAGUCGUCCCCGCACUCUUUUCCGCUCGCCCUCACUGCCUUGCUCGGCCACCCGGCCGGCCUUGAAGAGGCCAGAGAGACCCCGAGAUGAGAAUUCCCCUGUGAAGAUCAAGAGAAGGAAGAGCCUGGCAGGGUCUGUGGCCAGGGAGGAGGAAGAGGCACAAGCUGUGAAGUCUCGGUUCCUUCAGAGGUCUAAGUCUUUCUGCGAGGUCGAGAUUGAGUUGUUGCUGGACAAUGAUGUCAAAGAGCUGAUUGGAGACUUCACCAAGCCCUUUGUUCUGCCUACCGUGGAAGGGAGGCACCAGGAUCUGAAAUACAUCACUUCUGAAAUGAUGAUGGCAGCUCUAACUGGGAAAUUUGAUGACCUAGUAGAACACAUUGUGAUCAUUGAUUGCCGAUAUCCCUACGAGUUUGAAGGAGGGCACAUUGAGGGAGCCCUGAACCUGCAUAUGGAAGAGCAGGUGGAGGAUUACCUCCUGAAACACCCCAUCACCCCCUGCACCCCGGGGAAGCGCGUGCUGCUCAUCUUCCACUGCGAGUUCUCCUCUGAGCGAGGCCCACGCAUGUGCCGUUUUGUGCGAGAGAAGGACAGGAUGAUGAACUUGUACCCAAACCUGUACUACCCUGAGCUCUACAUCCUCAAGGGUGGAUACAAAGAGUUCUUCCCCAAAUUCCAGAAUCAAUGCAGGCCACAGAGCUACAGGCCGAUGCACCACGAGGAUUUCAAAGAGGACCUGCGCAAGUUCCGUCUCAAGAGCCGCACCUGGGCGGGCGAGAGGAGCAAGAGGGACCUGUAUAGCCGGCUCAAGAAGAUCUGAGUUUUCAAAACCUCUGUUGCAAUUUAAAUGGGUUGGGCUGGUUCCACUGAUGCACUAAAUUUUUAAUGCUGCUGCAGCCCCAAUCCUUCAGCUACAUGCUUUUGUAUCUGACAACACUACAUCCCAGCUGUGUUGUAGCUCAGUAUUCCCCCCCCCAAACUGAAUCCUGCUCCAGGUUCGUGCCUGUGACCUAUGCAUUGUGGAUCAUUUCCAAUAACCAUGCUCGGCACAUACACAUUUAGCAGUAUUUGAUUUUAUGAAUCCCUGUUUUAAACUACGACCCAUUUUUAAAGGAAUAGGCUUGGAAUAAACUGCAGCCAUACAUAAUGGAAACCAGCCCCAACCUAAACAUUCAAGAGAAGCCACUGCCCUGCCCCAGCCCGAGUUCCUGUUCCUCUAAAUUCAAGCACUUAUUUUUUUUUUUUUUUUUAAUUCUCUUGUAUUUAUAUAUAUUUUUUUUUAAUGGUUGAAUUGUUUAAUAUCCAAGUUGUAAUUAGGUGUCAUUCCUUUUGCUCUUAGUAUGAAGCCAUGUAGUAUUUAGAGUAAUCAUGGUUUUAAAAACAAACAAACAAACAAAAGCUUGCCUCAGUUAAGUUUGGUGUUUUUUUGGAUUUAUGACUAGGAGGCUCUAGUGAGUUAUGAUAUUUUGAUUCUUCUCCCUAAAUCAACAUCCAAACAUUUAUCACUUUUUGAAGAUAAAAUAAUUGCAGGUAAAACUAUUUUAAAUGCACAAAAACUUAGCAAUGCUGGCUUCUUAAGCCAAAAAGAAAUGCAGUACUAAAAUACAACCCAAAAGGCUUCUUUUAACUGUCUAAAGCUGCUGGUCGGCAAAUUUACCUUUUGCAUUGUACAUCACUACUGAUGGGAUAAAACUUGCCGGAUUUGAACAGGUUCCUGAAUACUGUCGUAUGUCUCUCCCCUUUUUUUUUUUUUUUUUUUUUUUUAAACUUCUUAGAACAAAUGUUUGGAAUUUGAGGAUGGGAUCAUCAGCAGAAGUAUAAUUGUGAUUCCUGUGUUUGCUGUGUAACAAUUGACUCAAUUGUGUGUUUUAUAUGGAUGUGUGGAUUCAAUACGGAAUUCUAUAUGGAAAGAACUGCCUGUAAUUUGCAUAACUGCCCCCUGUAUUGGCAGAGGAGAAAUAAACAACUACACUCAAUCUG